AAGUCUCGCAGUAUGACCGCAACCGCCUAGCGGUCAAGGCUCCAGUGCCUAGCGCGGAAUUUAAAAAAAGGGUUAUUUAAAAGCGCGCGCGUAACUGUCAAUGUCAUUUAAUUUUUUCGUUCGUUAUUUAAAAGAGACGAUUAUUUUUUUUCACAAAGAAUCUUUUCUCAACCGUUCGUUAAUUGGAUUUGGUAAACGUAUAACUGUUUCUGUGGAUAAUGAAUUCGUGAUUGUGUGUAGUGGAGCCAGUUAAACAGAAACCAGAAACAAUGCACCGAAGUUCAUAGCGAACAAAAAAACAGACACACACAAAAAUGGGUCCUCCCAUUUCAACGUGGCCGUGUCCACAGCGAGAUACUAAAGUGAUCAGUGGGAAGUGUAUACUAGUUCACAUAGUGGACAACUGUCGUGGAGUGGUGGGCUUGAACUUUACAUUUGUGUUCAUACUGUUACAAGUGCUGCUAACUUUGGCUUCCGCUAGCCCUGUUAUAUUGAGUCUGGAUUAUUUACAAGGUUCAGUCCCCUUAGCUAGGAAUAUAAGACACUUGCCGUGCAUAUCAAGAAGCACAGGCCAGGAAGGUCUGUGCAUGUUCGCGAUAGACUGCCUCAAAGCCAACGGGACGCAUUUAGGAACAUGUAUAGAUAGGUUCUACUUCGGCUCGUGCUGUCAAAUAGCUGAUAAAACCAGUUUACCACAGAUAAUCGGUAACAACAUAGAAGAUAAUUCCAUAGACAGUGCAAACUUCGUCCAUCCUCUAACAGAAGACAAAGUCCAUAGCACUGUUAGCAAAAUUCCAGACGCUGUCUACCCAAAUAAACAUAAAACUGAAAUAAAUAAAGUAACAAUAGUAAAUAAUGAUAAAGUAAUUAGUAAUCUUGGUAGUAAACCGGUUACGGAAGCAGUACGUCCGCAAACAUCAACAGAUAAAAUGGUGACAAUUGAACAAAGAACAGAACCAAAUAUUAUGGAAACUAAAAUUGAUGAACCUACUACUAUUAGUAAUAAUCUACAAGAUGAACCAAAAAUAGUUACAGAAACAACAGUAAAAGAAAAUGACGUAACAGAAGUGCCAAUAAGACUGUCUACUUUCCAAACUAUAUCUAAUGACCGUGGAAGUAUAUCUACAGAAAAAACAGAAUCUCCAAAAGUAACAACAGAUAUUAUAAGAACUACUGAACAAACAACAACAGAAAAAGCAGUAAAACCUACAAGGAAACCAAUAAAACCGACGUACAAACCUAGACCUACAUACAGACCUAGCAACUUCACACGACCACCUCAUAUAAGUAUUAAACCUAGACCUACAAAACCAAUUCUACCAUUCAAUACAACAAGAAAACCUCCAUACAGAUUACCUCCAAAGAGACCAUCUACGAAAAAACCCUUACCAAUACCACCUAGAUUAAAUAUAACAGUUCUACCACAAUCUACCAGUACAAGACCUGUUUUUACUCGACCAUCUCUCUCCACUAUUACUUAUAUUAACACAACAUCAACUACAGUUGAAGAAAAACCUAUAUCUCUAACAGUAACAACAACUUCACGACCUUCAUCAACAACAGUAUCUACUACGACUACGAAAAUGCCAAUAACAACAGAAAAAGCUACUGAAACAACAGAGAACAUUGUCACAGAGACAUCGCUUCCAAUUUCAUCACCUCCAACUGAAACUAUUAUUGAAAAAACAACAACAUUAAUAUUAAAAGAUACAGUAACAACAGUAAAGGAUAAUGAAGUAACAACAGUGGCAGACAUAACAACGACGACGGAAGUUCCAACAGAAAUAAUAACGACCGUAGAACCUUUAAAAGAAAUUGUAACAGAAAUAGAAGUGACUCAAGAACCAGUAACAGAGAGUGUAACUCUCCAAGAAGAGAUCACGGAAAAAGAGACUCUAAGACCAGUAACUGAAGUUGAUAUUCCAGAAACAACAAAACUUUCUUCUUCAACAGAGUUCCCUCCAUUUGUAACGUGGACCAAUGUAUUGGAAGCAUCAAAAGCACCGGCUACCACUUCUACAACAACAACAACAACAACUACUACUACUACUUCUACUACACCCACUCCAGAAGACGUUUGGUCACCUAUAACGCCUCCCGAGGGAUGGGUUCUAAUAUCAACAAUACAACCGAAACCAGAACCACUAACUUCCACGGAACACUCUACAACAACGACUCAUUCUACAACACCGACGACAACUACCACGGAAACGCCAACGACAAUCGUUGAAACAUCACCAGUUGUUGAAACAACAAAAAUAACGACACCGGUGUUGACGGAACAACCAACAACAAUAUCAACAACUUCGACUCAAGCAUCACCAAUAACAGAAGCACCGACACUCGAGUUCACAGUAAACGUGACGUUGUCGCCUACUGUUCCUACUACAACAAGCAGUAUUGGAUUGACAACGUUCAGUUCUGUGUCAUCUAGCAAUGUGACCGAGUCAGCAAAUAAGACUGAAGCUCCAGCAACCGGAUCCACUGAAGCUGAACAACAAACAACAACAACAACAGCGAAUGCAAAUGCUACGGAAUCAGAGACAACAAUUUCUACAUCUACUGUGUCUACGACGACAGAAUCUUACAAUAUGUCCAAUUAUAAGGAAGUCUGUGGCAGGAGGAUGUGGCCUCAAGCGAGGAUCGUUGGAGGCGCCAAGUCUGGCUUCGGGCAGUGGCCUUGGCAGAUAUCCCUGAGGCAGUUCAGGACUUCGACAUACCUUCAUAAGUGUGGCGCUGCCUUGCUGAAUGAAAACUGGGCGAUCACCGCCGCCCAUUGUGUUGAAAGAGUGCCACCAUCAGAUUUGCUAGUGCGUCUCGGAGAGUACGACCUGGCUAACGAAGAGGAGCCCUAUGGGUUCGCGGAGAGGCGCGUACAGAUCGUAGCCAGCCACCCACACUUCGACCCCGCUACCUUUGAGUACGACCUUGCCUUGCUCAGAUUCUACGAGCCAGUGACGUUCCAGCCCAACAUCCUGCCAGUGUGCGUGCCGGACGAUGACGACAACUACGUCGGCAGAACUGCUUACGUCACUGGGUGGGGACGACUGUAUGAUGAGGGUCCACUUCCCAGCGUGCUGCAAGAAGUAGAAGUGCCGGUUAUCAACAACACGGCGUGCGAGGCGAUGUACCUGGCGGCGGGCUACAACGAGCACAUCCCUAACAUCUUCAUCUGCGCCGGCUGGCGGCAGGGCGGCUCCGACAGCUGCGAAGGUGACAGUGGUGGUCCAAUGGUAGUUCAGCGAGAGAGAGACAGUCGGUUCGUAUUGAGCGGGGUCAUCUCGUGGGGCAUCGGCUGCGCGGAGCCCAACCAGCCCGGCGUCUACACGCGCAUCUCCGAGUUCCGGGACUGGAUCAACCAGAUAUUACAGUUCUAAUGGGCAAAUCAGAUUUUGGGCAAAAAUAUUGGGCAAUUUCUAUGGAAAAUACAGCUUGUAUGAAAAAGCAUUUUUUGUGUAAACAAUAUACUUUUACAUUAUUUUAUGAAACAAUACAGGUAUACACUAUUACAUUUUUAUGAAAAAAUACGCGUUAACAUUUUUGGGGUCAAUGUUCUCCAAAGUAAUACUACUCUAGUAAAAAUAAGAUCGAUUAGAAGAAAUUAUGUUGACACGAUUUAAUGAAGCUGUCAAUUAAAUAUUAUCUUUGAAUACAUGAAAAACAGCAAACCACUUGCAUUUAAAGAAAUAUUUACUGUUUUCUUUAUUCAUUAGAAAAAUGCUUCUAUUUUUAGAAACUUAAGUAUUACAUCUGUUAUAAGUAUAUUAUAAGUAUGUAUUUUAUAUAAAAAAUUGUUAAUAUUACUUACUACUGAAUUUUACUCGAUACUACAUUUUGUAUGACUUGCUUCUUAAAAUAUCAAAAAUCAAGACAUAGGAGUACCUACUUAUUUUUCACAAUAUCAAAUUACAGGAUUACAUUUGAUAUAGUAAAUAAUGUGAUAAUGUACGAUUUUAUUUAAAUAAAUACUUAGUUUUGUAAUGCAUUGCGAAAAAUUAUUUUUUCAGUAGGGACAUCUUAUUAUCAUUAAUGAUAAUAAGUUUAAUAUCUAAAUAUUAAUAAAUAAAAAGCAUAGUAAAAAUAUGAAAUUAUAAUAAUGUAAUAUAAUAAUUACAAUAAUUAGGACAUCGUGUUAAAUCGAAUUGUAUUACAUCGAAGAAACUAUUUUGAUAUU